CAUUGGUCGGUGGAAAGCGUGAAAAAAAUGGCAAACUUCUGUAUGUAAAAACGAUCGUCAACAGAGUUGACAGAAAUUAAUGAAAUUGGCUAAUGUCAAACGUGACAACGUAAUUCAUGAGAAAUGUUCUCUCUAGUGCGUGCCGUCUUGGUGCGUUUUGUGUGAUCGAGCAGAGUGCUUUAUAAACGUAUUUGAUUAAGUGAAAAAGCAACGAGAAGAGAAAAAAAAAAAGAGGGAACCAGGAGGCCCAGGUGGUUGCGAAACGUCACAGAUCACAACACGGAACGGGCCACUUCAAGGCAAGACGUCCCACUUCGUUCUCAGUGCGGACUCUGAUACGUAAAAAUAGUGAUAAUGCAAACGACCAAGUAUCACGGGGUUCAGCAGUUCUCUGACGUGGAGUCGUGAUGACCUGAUUCAAUCUUGUCGCUCUAAAAGUGUAUUCUAAUCUUGAAUCGUGUCUUGUGCAAGGUUAUGUGCAGUUAUACGUUUGACAUUUGGAUCUCUUACGAGCGUUUACCAAGGCGGAUCAUUUAGCCAUAUUUGGGAAUUAGUGCGAUGUAAAAUUAUAAUUAAUUUUGAGCCAUAUGAAAAUAGUGCGGUAUACAAAAUGAGUCAAAUAGAAAUGGAUCAAGAAACCGUAUAUGGGACUCACGAAGACAGCCAUGUGGUCAUGUCUGAGAAAGUUCAGAGCCUGGCUGGCAGUAUUUAUCAGGAAUUUGAGAAAAUGAUAGCUCGUUAUGAUCAUGAUGUGGUCAAAGACCUAAUGCCCCUUCUAGUCAAUGUUCUAGAAUGUCUAGAUAUAUCUUAUAUAGAAAAUCAAGAACGCGAAGUUGAAUUAGAACUAUUAAGGGAAGACAACGAACAAUUGGUUACACAGUAUGAAAGAGAAAAACAGUUAAGAAAAACGUCUGAUCAGAAACUGUUGGAGCUAGAAGAUGCUGCGGAAGAUGAAAGAAAAGAAUAUUUAUCAAAAAUUGAGAGUCUCGAAUCGAUAGUGAGGAUGUUGGAAUUGAAGACAAAGAAUUCACAUGAUCACGUUGUUCGUCUUGAAGAAAAAGAGGCAGAACUAAAACGAGAAUAUACACGACUGCAUGAAAGAUACACAGAAUUAUUUAAAACACAUGUAGAUUAUAUGGAAAGAACAAAAAUGUUAGUUGGGAGUACGGAAAGAUUAGAAAAUGCAACUAGUGGUCGUGGUCUAUCUCGUUUACCAUCUCUUGGGCUGGCUCAUAUGUCUAGAAGUUCUGGACCAUUAAGUUAUGGUUUUCAGAGUUUAGAAGCUAGCAUGAAUGCAGAAGAUGUUCCAGAUGAUAGUCCACCAAAUGUUGCUAAUUUAAGAACUGAAAUGUUGGACAGCAGCAGUGAAGCCACUAUAGAAACACUUGAUAAGAGUCAAUUAACAGAUAAACCAGCACAAGCAAAUAAAACAACUGCAAUUUCUAGACAUGAGAGUCCAGAAACUGAGGGACCUCCAUUAUUGGUUACACCUACAUCACCAACGAUAGGAGAGAAACUACCAAUUACUCCAAGUGGAAGGAGUAGAACAGAACGAGAGCAACGAAGUGCCAAUACAUUGUACCAGGAACUUAGUUUUCAGGAUGCUGAUGCGUUGGGUGAAAUGGAUGAAGGAGCAGACAUCACUGGUAGUUGGGUUCAUCCUGGAGAGUAUGCAUCGUCGGUCAAUGACAACUUUUUUGGAAUGGGCAAAGAAGUGGAAAGUCUUAUUAUGGAAAAUAAUGAACUUUUGGCCACAAAAAAUGCGCUCAACAUUGUUAAAGAUGACUUAAUCAUUAAAGUGGACGAGUUGAUAAGUGAGCAAGAAAUAUUACGCGAAGAAGUUCGGGGUUUGCAACAAACUAGGGAACGUUUACGGCAAAAAGUCGCUGCUCUUGAAGAAGAAUUGAAGAAUGUUAAGGAAGAGGCAGAGGCAGCAGCAAAAGCAGUCAAGAGUGACGACGAGGAAGAUGUACCAUUGGCACAAAGAAAGAGGUUUACCAGAGUAGAAAUGGCCAGAGUACUUAUGGAGAGAAAUCAGUAUAAGGAACGAUUCAUGGAACUUCAAGAAGCAGUUAGAUGGACAGAAAUGCUUAGAGCUUCUAAGACUGAUCCUGCCAGUAUAUCGGGGGUAAAAGGUUCGGUGUGGAAGUUUUUUAGUAGUCUCUUCAUAACACCUACAGGUCGGGGAACUUUGCUUCGAGGACCGCACACAUUACCACACAUUAAAUAUAGCGCACCGACAAAUCAAGUUGUUCCAGCACCACCUUUGGGCACCAUGCGUAGACAUACGUUGAAACCUCGCCAUGAGUUUUUCGACCAGGGAGACACCAUAUCUUCUGAAAGACUCAUGGCCAGACGCGCAAAUGAACGGAGAGAGCAAUAUCGUCAAGUCCGCGCACAUGUUAGAAAAGAAGAUGGACGAUUGCAAGCUUAUGGCUGGAGUUUACCAGGCAAACCAAGCGCUCCAGUUAGACAACCUGUUCCUGUGCCAGUUUAUUGCAGACCAUUACAGGAAUCACAACCUGGGAUGAAGAUAUGGUGUGGUGCUGGUGUAAAUUUAAGUGGUGGUAAAACACGUGACGGUGGUUGCAUGGUUGGAGGAAGUGUAUUUUAUGCCGCCGAAGCUCGAGAAGUAAGUACCAAUUCGAAAACUGAUACCGAAGAUGCUAUUGAACAUUUGGACAAGGAGCUUCAAGAGAAUGAAAACCAGAGAGUGGAGGCAGAACACUUACAACAGCAACUCAGUUCGUUGGUUUGGAUUUGUACAUCGACUAAAACAAUGUCAAAAGUUACUGUGAUAGAUGCUAAUAAUCCAGCCGAAAUUUUGGAAGUUUUUAACGUUUGCGAUGAACAUUUACUUUGUAUUGCGAGUGUACUUGGAGCUGAGGAAAGUGAUUAUGCUCAAGCUGUUAGCGAAGAAGAAGUACGAACUGCAAAUGGAGUAACGGAUAAUGGUGGUCAGGAGAGGAACGUGAAUUCAAAUACUGAACAAAAUAAUCAGAAAAGUAACCAGGAUAAUCAAACUUUAUCGGAGAAGAAUAAAACCGAAUCGGAUAGUGUAUUGGAAGAACAGAGUAAUGAAAAACCUAAGAAGUCAGACGACACCAAUCAGAAUGCAACUACCGAACCGCAAAAACUAGAAAGCGUAGACAGUGAAACGACAAAUCUGGGAAAAGUACAUUUCGUGAAAGUUAACCAAGAAGUAUCUUCUACACGAGUGAACGAAGAAAAGGGUGCAAAUGAAGAUAAGCAAAGUGACGAAGUUGAAGAAGGUACUCCUAUAGAAAAAAUGUCCUCGAUACAGCCAACAAUGUGGCUUGGGGCUCAAAAUGGUGCAGUGUUUGUACAUUCCGGUGUGGCAAACUGGUCGGUCUGCUUACAUUCUGUUGUAUUGGAGGAUGCUGCGGUGGCUAUUGUACAUGUGCAAGGUCGAGUUCUUGUUGCUGUUGCCAACGGAACUGUUGCAUUAUUUAAAAGAGGUGCAGAUGGACAAUGGGAUCUAUCUCAGUAUCAUGUGAUUACUUUGGGAAGUCCACUAUAUUCAACUAGGUGCAUGACUUCUGUUAGUGGUAAAACUCUAUGGUGCGGAUAUAGAAAUAAGAUUCAUGUAAUAGAUCCAGUUUCAAUGACUGUCGAGUGUACCGUUGAAGCUCACCCACGUCGAGAGUCGCAAGUGAGACAAUUAGCUUGGUUAGGCGAAGGAGUCUGGGUCAGUAUUAGAUUAGACUCAACGUUAAGGCUUUAUCAUGCUCAUACUUAUCAACAUCUUCAAGACGUCGAUAUCGAGCCUUAUGUUAGCAAAAUGCUCGGAACUGGGAAGCUUGGUUUUUCUUUUGUAAGAAUUACCGCGUUACUUAUUUCCUCAAAUAGGCUGUGGAUUGGUACAGGAAAUGGUGUGAUAAUUUCUGUUCCUUUAUCUGAAAGUGCUGGUGGUACGAUGACAGUAUCUAGAAUUCAAGCAGGAAUUGGCAAAAAUGAUGUACCAGGAGUCGGUAUUAGAAUUUUUUCGUCAGACCGUGGUGUUACACCUGGAAGUUUUAUACCUUAUUGCAGUAUGCAACAUGCACAACUUAGCUUCCAUGGGCAUAGAGAUGCCGUGAAAAUGUUCGUUGCUGUGCCUGGUCAUGGUGGCCAGAGUGCAGUGACAAAUGGUUCUCAACCAGCCAUGCUUGUCCUUUCAGGAGGUGAAGGGUAUAUAGACUUUAGAGUUGGUGAUGGAGAGGAAACGGAAGAGAGCAUGGAGAGACCCAACACUACUGUUGCCGCGAACGUUGAGGAACACGGUGAACAGAGCCAUCUGAUAGUGUGGCAAGUACAAUGUCCUGUACCAGUGCCUAUGAAUGACUAGCCUAGGAACUUUGAAAGCAUGCUGAUCCCGGUGUAUGGUCCAGUUUAAAUUUUUACAUGCGAAUCAAGAAUCUGAGUGGUUUCCGUUGUGCGUUGCGAAGGCACUGACAAAUUGGACUUAACUUCUGGCCGUGUGAGAUCUCACUGCGCCGGACUAAUGUUCUAUUUAAUUAUACCUAUAUAACGAUAGUAGCGAAUUACACGAAAGACUCCAUGAUCAAGUGGAAAUAUUCUGUAACGGCGAAGAGGUAAGAGAUAUUGUGCGAUUUUUUUAAAGUACUACGAAUUAUUUUCGACGUUUUUAGAUUUUCGUAUUAAGAUUUUUCGGGGUUUCUGGCCAAGUAACAUCCACCGGUUACUAAUUCCUUAGGUAUUCGGUGUUUACCGAGGAAAUAUUUCUUUUUUAAUGAAAAAACAUAAUUAGAAUCUCUUAACGCUUAUAAUCCCUUAGCUUCUAUCUAAAGUACGUUCUGUAAAGUACCUACUUAUCGGCAUACUAAUUCGCUCUUGCGUAAUGAUAACGUAAUUUAUAUAAAAAUUAUUUCAACGAUCCUGCAUGUUUACGUGGGUUGUUGGACGAUAUAGUUCCGGCGUUUUGAUUGAGAAACAGCGUUCAUCCUGACGCGCGUACUUCAUACCAUACGGGAAAAACUUCUGAAAUGUUUUGGAUUCAGUCCUGAUCGAAGAGCAUUACAUUUCCGCCAACCAAUGUGAUAACCGAUAAAGAUACCGGACAAUGAGUUUCACAGCUGCCGUGAUGUCUGCUACCUAGCUGCAUUAAUAUCUCCAUUACCAUCAAAGGUAAAAUAACCUUUACAUCUGUGCAGGGAUUAGAGGUGCAAUUGACUCUAGCAGCAUUUAAGCAUAAUAUAUUGUACAUUGUUUUAGUUAGAGAGUAUAUUAUUUUUCAGACCUAAGUGGUUUAAUUUGCGUCCAAUAUAUACAUAUAUGGAGUGUAAUAUAUUUUUUAUGUUCUAAACGACCGAUCUUUUAAUAUCAUGUCAGAUCGCGUGCGUUCGCUUUCUUUAGGCUCAAACGACGGUCUCAAAGAGCGCCGGAAUGAAUUUCUGUACAUAUUCACGAGAUAUUUAUAGCGCGUACGUGGAGAAUUAAUAAUUUAUGUUUUCGUUGACGAAUGGAAUAGAAGUGAUUUUACUACAUGCGUAAAACACAACGACGGUACAUCUAUUUCUUAUCGUGUAUUGCUGCAACUUUGUUUUACCGUCAGCACACUCCCUUAAUUACCAAAGACAAGGAACGACUUUUAAUUGUGUCCUUUGUACAAUUUAUAGCGAGAUGGUUUAAAGUUGCGCGUCUAGACCGAUAUAGCGAUUUCGACUAGAAGUAAACUUCUUGCAUUCGGGAUUGUGAGAGAGUCGCCGACACUUGGGCUUGCGAAACUUUUGUAAAUUCCUAUGUUAAGCGACAAACCGGUGAAAUAUAAGAUGUGCAUAAUGUGUCAGGGCUGCACGUUAUUGUGCGAGCUCGCUUUCGAUGUCGAGCUCGGAAUUGUACCUGGCUCAUGAUGAAGCUGUAAUGGCGUUAAUAAAGAAAGUUGCGA